UAGCCCCGCGAUGGAGGACACGAAGGUCGCUGUGGCGGGUGCACCGUCGGACGAGGAUGUGCUGGAAGGUAUGCUGAGCCGGCGGUUCCUGUACGCGCAGAGAGUGCUGGGGAGCAGCACCUACCAUCAUACGUUCAGGACGAAAACGCGCUGGGAGCUGGUGCGGCUGUCGCUGCUGAUCGUCGGCAUCGAGUGCACUUAUGCGACGGAGACGGCGUUUGUGGCUCCGAUCCUGCUCGCCAUCGGCCUGCCGCACACCAUCAUGACGAUGAUGUGGGCGAUGCCACCGAUCGUUGGCGUGCUGUUCGUGCCGAUUGUGGCCUCAGCCAGUGACCGUUUGCGCGCGUCCUGGGGUCGUCGACGGCCCGUCCUGCUCGCCCUCGGCAUUGCGAUGCUGCUCGGCAUGAUGCUGCUGCCACAUGGGCGGGCGGUCGGUGAAGCGAUCGGGCUGAGGAGCGUGGCCUGGGUGGCAACGCUGACCACCAUCGGGCUGACGACGACCGACUUCUCGGCCGAAGCAUCGAAUGGCCUCUGCCGGACGUACGCGAUGGAGGUGUGCACGAUCCGCGACCAGGCGCGCGUCCUCAGCACGAUGAUGCUGAUCGGAGGACUCGGCGGCGCGAUGGGCUACCUGUUCGGGUCGGUCGACUGGAUGUCGCUGCCCAUCGGGAGCUACUUCGACAGCAACGAGUCGGCCGUCUUCAGCGCCAACUGGCUCGUGCUGCUGGUCGGGCUGCUCAGUACGCUCACCAGCUUCCCGGAGAUCCCGCUUCCGGUGCAGGAACGGGACGAGCUGCUCCGACCGGUUACACACCGGAUGCUGCAGAACGAGCUGAAGCGACUCCGAGGCGACGCACACGACACGCAGACCGAGCUCGCGGAGUCGAUCGGCUUCCGGCAGUUCCUGCGCAACACCGUGCGUAUGCCCCGCUCCAUGAAGAUCCUCUGCGCCACCCAGUUCCUGUCGCACAUGGGCUACCUGCCCUACUGCCUGUACUUCACCGAUUUCGUCGCGUCGGCCGUGUACGGCGGGGACUCGCAGGCACCGAAGAACUCCGCCGAGCUGGCGCGCUACGACGAAGGGAUACGGUUCGCGUGCUUCGGGAUGGCGCUGUUCGCCGCCGGAGCCUCGCUCUACUCGCUCGUAAUUGAGCGGCUGAUCGAGCGGCUCGGGGCACGACCCGUCUACGUCGGCGGGCUGAUGGCACACUGCGUCGGCAUGCUGGCGAUGGGCCUCCUCCACCACCGUGCCGUCGUCCUGCUGUGCUGCUGCCUCACUGGCAUCAUGUACGCUACCAUCUACUCCAUCCCAUUCCUGCUGAUUUCGCACUACCACUCGAAGAACUCGUUUGCGAUGGUCGACGGGAAGUGUGUGGAGAGCACCGAGCCGCGUGGUUUCGGCGCAGAUGUUUCGAUGAUGAGCAGCGUCCUGUGUCUCGCCCAGCUAAUCGUCUCGCUCGUGAUGGGGGCGCUGAUCGACGCGGCCGGCACGACGACGGUUAUCAUCGUGGCCGCCUGUGGAUGCAGCCUGCUGGCCGCCUGCUCCGCCCUGACCGUCCUGUACAUGGACCUGUGACAAGCGUGAUCCGACAAUCGGGAUUCUCAAUUAGUUCUCCAACCGAUGGCGAUGGUUCUCGAUGCAAUUGGAGCUGGAGGAGAGCGUACCGGUUUCAUCCCGUUCGUACCACUCGCAAAAGGCGUCGCAAAAGCGUACGGCACCAAGUUUUCAAUUGACGACAUCUCGUUUCCAUCACCUCCUCCACUACCUCCAUGUUUCCUCCAAGCAAGAAAAAAACCAGAAAUGUAGCAUCAAUUAUGGCGGGCGAAUCGGGCGAUGCGAUGAGUUAUAGGAUGGCCUCAGCUGUAAUUAAUCGAUCAAUUCUGGAUUCCCCUAUCUCCCACACCCCACCCCUUCCCCUUUUCCGAGCCACUGGCCGAAGGGGGAAAGCGUUUGUGAUAGAAAAUGUAUUCACUCGAAAUUGAAUAUGUAAGGAGGCAUUUAGUGGAGAUUGAAUGAGAAAAGAUGGUGUGUGUGUUUGUGUGUGUGUCUGUGCGCUCAUCUCAGGGUACGAACGGUGUUCGAUUAAAGCAGAUGUUACAACGUGCGCAAUUAUG